UUUUUAUUAACAACAGUCAGGAUUCCAAAUCAAAAUAGAAUUCAGUUUAUAUUUAAGCUUCAACAGCUGCAUAUGUUUCAGUUGGAACAAUGAGGUCCAGCAAGUGUGUACCGGCUAUAUGGUUGGGGUUUAUUGCCCUUCUUCUCAUUGGGUCAAUGCCAUUUGACCUUGUCAAUGCCGAGACUUCGACGGAUACAUGUUCGGGGGAUUUUCCUGAAGUACGUGAUUUCUUCCAAAGAGAAGGAGAAUUAUUAAGACAACGUCGUCGUGAAGAAUUCUUGGCCGCCUGGGAUUAUAACACCAAUGUCACCGAGGAAAAUCGCCUGAAUAUGAUUGCGGUGAGUGCCCGCAAUGCAGUGGAAAAUCUCAAGGCAUCCCAAUUGGUACGAACGAAAAAAUAUAAAGAACUACCCGAUCCAUGCCUGAAACGGUUGGCCGAAUAUGCCGGUGAAAUUGGUGCGGAAAUUCUAAGUUCCGAAGAUUUCAAUACCAUGUUAAAUGCCGUCAGUAGUAUGCAAUCGAAUUAUGCCAAUACCAAAGUGUGUUCGUACAAGGAUCCCAAGGAUUGCAGUCUCACGUUGGAGCCACAUGUACAGGAACGCCUCUCGAAUAGUCGUGAUCCCAAAGAGUUGGCCCAUUACUGGAAGGAAUGGUACGACAAGGCUGGCACACCAAUGCGAGAUAAUUUCGCCAAAUAUAUAGAGCUGAGUAACAAGGCGGCGAAAUUGAAUAAUUUCACCUCCGCCGCUGAGUAUUGGGUGCACAUGUAUGAGGAUCCAGAUUUUGAGAAAAAUCUCGACGACGUUUUUCAAGCCAUCUUGCCCCUCUAUCGCGAAUUGCAUGGUUAUGUACGUCAGCGAUUAUCCCGACAUUAUGGCGAAGAGAUUGUAUCACCCAAUGGAAAUAUACCAAUGCAUUUGUUGGGUAACAUGUGGGGUCAGCAGUGGGAUGAAAUUAUUGAUUUGAUUAAACCCUUUCCGAAUAAACCAUUCGUGGAUGUCACCGCUGAGAUGGAGAAACAACAGUACAGUGUACGGAAAUUAUUCGAAUUGGGUGAUGAGUUUUUCCAAUCGUUGGGUAUGAGUGCCUUGCCCGAGUCAUUUUGGAAUUUAAGUGUCAUUGAGAAACCUAAAGAUCGUACAAUUGUUUGUCACGCAUCCGCAUGGGAUUUCUAUCAGGAUAAUGAUGUGCGUAUUAAGAUGUGCACCGAAGUUGAUACACACUAUUUGUAUGUGGUCCAUCAUGAAUUGGGUCACAUCCAGUACUAUUUGCAAUAUGAAAAACAGCCAACGGUGUUUAGAGGUGCCCCCAAUCCCGGUUUUCAUGAGGCUGUGGGUGAUGUUAUUGCCCUGUCCGUAUCAUCGGCCAAGCAUUUAAACACCAUUGGCCUAGCUCCGCAAGCUGAAUUGGAUGAGGAGAGUCGCAUCAAUGAAUUGUUUAGAACUUCUCUCAAGAAAAUCGUCUUCCUCCCCUUUGCCUAUACCAUGGACAAAUAUCGUUAUGCCGUGUUCCGCAAUGAAAUCGAUGAACACAAUUGGAAUUGUGCCUUUUGGCAAAUGCGUUCCGAGUAUUCGGGUAUUGAACCGCCAAUUUCUCGCAACGACAGUGAUUUUGAUCCCCCGGCCAAAUAUCAUGUAUCUGCCGAUGUUGAAUAUUUACGUUACUUUGCCGCCCACAUAUUCCAAUUCCAGUUCCACAAGGCAAUGUGUUCGAAGGCUGGACAGUAUGUUAAAGGUGAUGCCCACCAAACUUUGGAUAAUUGUGAUAUUUAUAAGAGCAAGGAAGCCGGAAGUGCUUUCAGCCACUUUUUAACAGCUGGUGCAUCACGUCAUUGGACUGAGGUCCUGAAAGAAUUUACCGGUGAUACUACCAUGGAUCCAGCCGCUUUGCUCGAAUACUUUGAACCACUGCGUGUGUGGCUUAAGGAGGAAAAUCGCAAAGAAAAAGUCAAAAUUGGAUGGGGUCUUACCGAUAAAGUGUCUCAUUCCUGUUCCAAGGCUUCUGUGGUGUAAUUACUUGCUCAUCAAGGCGACAAACUGUUCAAAAAUCUAUAAAUAAUACUUCCGGAUAACUUAAAAACUCGAAUUUAUUGAAAUGUACUUACGAAAAAAUUAUGUCAAUUGUGAAGAUGUGUUAAUGUCAAUACUCAAUUCAAUUUUUUUACAUGUAAUCCAAAACAAAAAUCAAAAACAAAAUCUGAAUAA